AUGUCAGUCGCUGUGCGCGUUUCGCGGAGAGGAGCCGCGGAGGUCCCAAGGCGGCUGCUGCCAUCGCAUCGCCAUGCGACCGCUGCCGUGUCGGCGGCCUUCGAGCCUUUGCCCACAGCUCCUGGCCGCCCGUUCUUCUCGCUCUCCGCCUGUCCCACCCAAUCGGCGUCCGCCAUUUGUCCGUCAGCCGCGUCGCCUUCAGUCGCCGCGUCCUCCGCCAGCCCCGCCAGCCCCGCCAGUUCCGCCAGUUCCGCCAGGCGCGUGCCGUUCUCCCCCGUUCCCCGCGUGGCCGCGAUUGGCGGCGACGUGGACGUGCACGGCGCGGCGUUUCGACUGCGAGAGAAGGCGAUGGAGCGAUUGCUGGGCGAGCUGCGACAGGCGACGGACACGGUGCUGCAAGGAGGGGGUCCCAAGGCGGUGCAGCGGCAGCACAGGCGCGGCAAGCUGCUGCCCCGCGAGCGCAUCGACCGCCUGCUCGACCUCGCCUCGCCCUUCCUCGAACUCUCCCAGCCUCACUCCCGUAUUCUCACCUUCCCGCCUCUGCCAUCGCCAUCUCCCCAUCUGUCCUCCUCAACAACCCCACCUCCCCGCCGCUCUCCCUCCCACCUUUUCCCCCCCUCUCCGCCCAUGUCGAUCCAGCUGGCGGGCAUGGGCAUGUACGGGGAGGAGGAGGUGCCGGGGGGGGGCAUCGUGACGGGGUUAGGGCGCGUGGGCGGGCGGGUGAGUGUGAUAGUGGCGAACGACGCUACAGUGAAGGGCGGCACGUACUACCCCAUCACCGUGAAGAAGCACCUCAGAGCACAGGAGAUCGCUGCUCAGUGCCGCCUGCCCUGCAUCUACCUCGUUGACAGCGGAGGCGCCAACCUGCCACGGCAGGCGGACGUGUUUCCAGACCGCGACCACUUCGGCCGCAUCUUCUUCAACCAGGCGCGCAUGUCACGGGACGGCAUACCGCAGAUCGCGGUGGUGAUGGGCAGCUGCACGGCAGGGGGCGCGUACGUGCCGGCCAUGGCGGACGAGAGCAUUGUCGUGCACCGCCAGGGUACCAUCUUCCUCGGCGGGCCACCACUCGUCAAGGCGGCGACAGGGGAGGAGGUGACAGCAGAGGCGUUGGGGGGAGGGGCGGUGCACAGCCGGGUGUCGGGCGUGACGGACCACCUGGCGCGCGACGAGCUGCACGCCAUUGCCAUCGCCAGGCGCAUUCUCGCCUUGCUGCCCUCCUCACAUCCCGCCUCCUCCUCCACCUCACCCGCCCUCCCACCGCUCCCCUCGCCCCUGUCCCGCCGUGCAUGGGAGGAGCCGCUCUUCCCAGCGGAGGAGCUGAGGGGGCUGGCGCCCAUAGUGGGGGGGGAGGGGCGCAAGGGGGAGGGCGAGGGGGGCGAGGAGGAGGGGGCGGCGGAGGCGAGGGGGGUGGACAUGCGGGAGGUGAUCGCGCGGCUGGUGGACGGCAGCCAGUUCGAUGAGUUCAAGCGCCUCUAUGGCUCUUCGCUGGUGUGUGGGUUUGCGAGGGUGCAGGGUCAGGAGGUGGGCGUGGUGGCGAACAACGGCGUGCUGGUGGUGGAUGCGGCGCUCAAGGGCGCGCACUUCGUGCAGCUCUGUGACCACCGGCGCACCCCGCUGCUCUUCCUGCACAACAUUUCCGGCUUCAUGGUGGGGCGGGCAGCAGAGAGUGCGGGCAUAGCCAAGGCAGGGGCCAAGAUGGUUAUGGCUGUUGCAUGUGCUCAGGUGCCUAAGAUAUCGCUGGUGGUGGGCGGCAGCUUUGGGGCGGGCAACUACGGCAUGUGUGGCCGCGCCUACUCGCCCAACUUCCUCUUCCUCUGGCCCUCCGCGCGCAUCUCCGUCAUGGGCGGCCAGCAGGCGGCAGGGGUGUUGGCGCAAGUGGAGAAGGACAAGAGAGCACGUGAUGGCACUCCGUGGGGCGAGGAGGAGGAGCGAGCGUUCAAGCAGGGCAUAGCGCAGCGGUACGACAGCGAGGGCUCGGCGUUCUUCUCAACGGCGCGGCUGUGGGACGACGGCAUCAUCGACCCCGCCCACUCCCGCACCGUGCUCUCCCUCGCCCUCGCCGCCACCCAAGCCGGCAUGCCCGCUUCUCACACCCUCACUGGUGCUGGCCCCAGAUAUGGAGUGUUCCGCAUGUGA